GUUACUGUUAAUUUUAUUUUAUGAGAUCAGUUGGUUGAAUACUUCAUGUAGUAAUACAUAGCUACUAAAAAGCUACAUACAGAAAGGAAGAAAAUAUGACUCAUAUUCCUGCAGUAAUACUUCUCUUUUUGUUUUGGUCUUUGCUCUAUCUUGGAGAUUCUCUAUUAAAAAAAUUUCGUAGACUAUCACGAGCAUACAGAGAGCUACUGGAUCAAAAUGGGUUAUCUUUCAGUUUUGGUCAUGUUAGAUGGUACACAACAAAGUUUAACCGUUGCUUUUUCCGAUGGGGCAAAUACCAUCCUACUUUGGCACGAGUUUGGUUUUCAGUUGGUGCAUAUUUUGGAGUGUCUAUGAUGGCGAUUUCUGUGGUAAUAUUGUCGUGGACACUGGCUAAAGCUUUCAGAAAUAGUUCUCCUGAACAAUUUCUCACACCUGUGAUGCCUGGAGUCAAUCUACCUUGGAGUCAUAUUGUAUAUUACUUGGUUACAUUAACACUUGCUGGAAUUGUUCAUGAAGUUGGCCAUGCAUUGGCAGCAGUUAGAGAGCAAGUACGGGUAAAUGGAUUUGGUAUCUUUUUCAUGGUGUUGUACCCAGGAGCAUUUGUUGAUCUUUAUACAGAACAUCUUGCGGUUAUAUCUGCUGUAAGACAACUCAGAAUAUAUUGUGCUGGUGUCUGGCAUAAUUUUAUACUGGUAUUAAUUGCUGUUGGUCUCUUGUGGCUUCUACCAAGUAUAUUGUCAUUGGGUUAUGUUUCUAACCAAGGAGCUGUUGUGUUGCAACUUAUGAAGGGAUCGGCAGUGGAGAACAGUCUCACAGUAGGUGAUUACAUAACCUCUGUUGAUAAAUGCAAAGUUACAAAUGCAGAAGACUGGAAGUUGUGUUUGAAACGAACAAUAUAUGAAGCACAACAUGGCUUUUGCACUGAUAUGAUGACAAUGACUAGAAAGAACAUAUUUUUAGGAAAAGAGAGUAAUGUACAUUUAGAUUGCUGUGGAAAUCUAAAAGCAUCACGACUUUGUUUUUCAUACCACUCAAGCUUAGGACAAAAAGGUUUAUCUUGCUUACCAGCAAGAACUAUGGUGUCUAACAAAAUGUGUAAUGACCCUAAUGAAUGUCCGGGCACAGGUGAGAAAGUUUGCAUCCAUCCAUCAAUAGACAACUCCAGCCGCCUGAUCAAAAUCUCUCAUUAUAGAGGAGAAGAUGUUCUCUAUGUUGGUGAUCCACAUCUUCUGUAUUUCUCAGUUUUUGUAGGAACAUAUUUACCAGUUUUUAAAUUUUUACCACUUUCAUUGCCAGUCAUAUUAGAAACACUUUUUAUGUAUAUAAUCUCUCUCUCUAGUGCUCUUGCACUUUUGAAUGCUGCACCAUGUUAUUGGCUAGAUGGACAAUGGAUAUUAUAUGCUUUAGUAGAUUACUCUUUAGGUAAAUAUUUGCCUGACGUGCAAGCAAGGAACACCAUUUGUACUGUUAUUUUGACAGCUGGGACCUUCUUCCUUGUUUCAAAUAUCCUAUUAGCUUUAUGGACAUUAGGAAACAUAACAUAAAGAUAGACCCUUUUUGUUUGAUAUGCAUUUCUUUGCCUGUUGCUGAAGGACAGGGAUUUAAUUGGUGCCUUAAAUGUCAAAGGAUAACAAGGCUUCACUUUGAGGUGGAAAUUGCUCAUUGAAGGUCAAACUGCAAAUCUUGUGCAACCAGACCGUUAGGAAAAAACAUUUAGAGAGAUUAUUAUUAUUUAAUGUAGUAUAUUUUAUACAUAUGUUUAUCGAUAACUGAAACAUAUAGGUACAACCAAAGAUUAAUCCAAAUCAAGUGACAAAGGUGAUGUGGAAGUAAUGUGGUAUGUGUUGGGUAAUUAAACUAUAUUUUAAAAUCUCAA